UCUUGAAAACAAAGCUUAUAAAGAACUACGUAUGGUCCAUAACUAAGAUGCUGCUAGCAAUAUUGACUAGAAGAUUUAUCAGUAGAAGGGGGUUUGAACAGUAUAUCGGUAUAUGUCACAACCUUGAUCAAAAACAAUUAUCCACAGCUGUUAGUUCCAAGAGACAAAAAAUGAAGAAACUUGCACAACAAGAGAGAGACGUACUCCUGAGUCCAUUGUUAGAAAGCGGAUGGUCUGUCCAAGCAGAGCGAGAUGCUAUAUAUAAAGAAUUUGUAUUUAAAAAUUUCAACGAAGCUUUUGGAUUUAUGUCACGAGUAGCCCUACAAUCAGAAAAGAUGAAUCAUCAUCCUGAAUGGUUUAAUGUUUAUAAUAAAGUAAACAUGACUUUGUCUACGCAUGAUGUUAAUGGAUUAUCGCAGAAGGAUGUCGAUCUGGCAACAUUUGUUGAAAAUGUUGUUAAAACUUACAAUAAUUAAAUUAUUGAAAAAUCAAUGCACCAAGAACCAAUAAUAUAUGAUGAAUAUAUCUUAAUUGUGUUAUAAUAUUUUUUAAAAAAAGAUUAUCUUAUAUUAUAAAAUGUUAAUAUUUUGUUAUAUUUUUGAUUAUAUAAUUACAUAAUAAAGUUUCUUUACGCCGUUAU